AUCGAGUAUGCAGGUCUGAUCAAAGGGCCUCCUCAUGUUUCCCUUUCUUUGAGGGCAUCCUCGAAAUUCGGGUUUAAAUUGCCUCGUUAGCCGGUCUUCGCUUUCUUCCGCCCAGCUGGCCGGAAAAUCAAAGCCCUCCGGAUCACUCGAAAAUGUUCAUUGGGUGUUUACUUAUCAAUGUAACGUAACGUUAGCUUUAUCGCUUAAUUUUAUAUUUUAUUUACUCACACUGUGUGUAUUUGUUAUUAUUACAGGUGUCACGUAAUAAUAAACGUAACGAAAUACACACUGAUGAAAAGAAAAGUGACGCUUCUGAAAUUAAUUUGGAACGCGAAUGUGAAAAAUAACAAAUGUCUCGCAGGGUAUUUACUUUGGUUAGGGUAAUGCAUUUUUUAAUCUACAAUGAGAGAAUUAUAGUGAAGAUUAUUAUUUUAAAAAGUCAAAGUAUCCUUAAGUAGAGUUAUAUAUAAUUAACUAAAAAUAUUGAUGGGAAGCUCUGUGUAUUCUUUGUGCAAAGAAAGGUUUAAAGAGGGAUGGGGUGUUCUAAGAAAGACAAGCCUCUAAGCUUCCUCAUUUUUUUUUUUUUUUUUUAAUAUGACUCGGACACGAUUCUUUUAUGAAUCGUCAAAGAUCUGGGUUGGCUUUGAUCUUGAUUGCGUUAAUUAGCUUUCCAAGCGGACUUUUAAUAUUAUCAUUGUUCUUUGCUGAAUGAUAUAUAAAGCACAUUUUUUUUUAAAUACCACAAAAAUUUGUAUUUUUGUUUCGACGAUGACGACUGAAUUAUGUCUGGCACGAAUGAGUUUCACAAGAAGGAUCGAACACUUCAAAUAUAGAGUAUGUGUAGAGUUGAUUCUGUUGAUACACGUAACAGAGUUAACAUACAGUUUACUCGUUACACGAUCGCGUCAUAUUGUCUGUUUAAUAGCAAUCUUUGUAUGUGAGCGAUUACAGACGAGUGUUCGGUCCUUUAUCGCAGCUGGUCUGAGAUAAGAGCGAGCCUCAAGUUCGCAGACUGAUUGCGAUUCGAUGGUAAUUCUUCAUUAAUCGCUCGGAUCGCGUUAUAUAUUAGGCAAUCGAUCGAGGAAAUGUCAACGUUUUGUGCCUGAGAUAAGGGCGGACAAUGUUAUUUUGUUUCAUUCUGCAUUCUUUCGGAAAUUUUUGAUAAAUUACAAUGUUCUUUCAUAUUAUUUAUAUCCCGGGAUCACAAAUGUUGCAAAACAAUUCGACAAUUUUUCUCAUAUUAGCGUUUUGUAAAAUCAUAUCAACGCUGCCGAUAUUUCUAUAAUAAGCGGCUGCAAUUUUGAAGAGAGUAUCUCUUUGUCGACAGAGUUUUAAUUAAUUUGAUUUAAUUUUCCAUAUAUUGUUUUUUUAUAAUACCGAGAUAAGCUUGAAAAAAGGAUUUUUUUUUUACGUGGUAUAUAUACGUCCCGUUUUAUAAAUUUUGGAGCAAAAUUUGUCCGCCUUUGUUUCUGGGAUUUAUUUGUUUAAUGACGCGUGGGUUUGAUUGAACAUUAUCAACCUCCGCCAGCCGUGCGUGCCACGUUAACUAUAAAAUUCAUGUCAACGCUCGCUCUCGUUGCCCGAUCAAUAUCCGUUGCGAAGCGGUUUUCUCGCGUGCGCCCGCCGCCGUUUCGUUAAACAAAUAAUUCGCGAAAAAAAAAAGAUGGAGCUAGCAGGAAAAAGCUCGCGCAUGGAAACAAAUCGAAUUUUUAUUGUCGAAGCUGUCGCGCGUGAAGUCAUCACGAAGAAUUGAUUAACCUCAUCGUCAAUGAUAAGCGGAAAAAUUGAUUGCAAUUUCGAAAAUGGAUACUGCGGGGCCUGCAGAGAAAAAUUGACAGGAAGACGGAUGAUAUGACGGAUCCUAAUCUAUAUUUCACGUCCUUCCGAUCGUGUUAUAUAUACCAUUCAUGACGAAAUAUCAUUUGCGAUCGGAUCGGUGCGUGAAGAAGAUGCGAUAUCCGAGGGUGAGAAAGGGUGAGAGAAAAUCGAAACAACGCUAAUCCCAUUUCUAAAAGCUCGUCCGGAAAAUGUAGCAGUCAUCGUUCCUGAGAACCCGAGGUGCAAAGGCAGAGUAGUCGAAGCUCAUUCCCCCUCAGACGGCUUAUUCUCCUCACUGGAAAUUCAAGCCGAGUUUGCGCGGCAAGAUAAACCUCGAAAAUUGCUCCAGUUUUUCCGGAGACGACGUCUUCGGCUCCGAUUCUCCUGGAGGUACUGGCUGCGGAGACAAAGACCGUCGGCGCACGUCGGCAAAUCCGCGACUACCGUUUCCCCCUUUAAACCACGACCGUGCAUGCAUCUCAAGCGCAACGUGCUCGCACGGUCUCGAGCAUCUUAUUCUCAACAUUCCAUCGACUUGUUACUCAAUCGGACACGAUCGUCGAGGAGUUUUUUUCUCCCGUACCGCCACGGCUCUCCCGAAAUCGGUUCGCCAGAGGCAAUCGGAUGGGAGGAAUUCCUAAUGUCACAGAAAAUAAAUCUCUCGGCGAAACAAAAUUCACCAAACGAAUUAUCCUCGUUCACCCCGAAUUUAGUCUAUCGAUCUGUCAUCCCUGAAUUACAUAAUAAAUCCGGACGAUCGCUGAGCGAAGAGCCGAAGAGUCGCGGCUCACCACAGUUGACGUAAUUCUCAUCGUCGCGGAGGUCGAUCUCCGAGUCCUAUAGCAUCGGGAACAUAAAGAAAAACUCGUGGAGCUUUUUGUAGAAUCGUAACGCGGAGGGUAGGAGAUCGAGACGAGCGUGCGUUAUCCUCCUUCCGUCCAGCCUCGGUCGAUCCGCGCCUAGGAAUGUUCGGCAGGAAAUUUCCAUUCCACGUCGCGUUCGAUCGCGCGAACCGAAACGAACGGCUCGGGGCCCCGGCGUCGUUCCGGCACGAGUCUGCUCCCGUCGUAAAGGCCACGGGAAGAGCCGACGAGUGUCGGAGACGGCCGAGGUGCCGUUCCGCCGAACCACGAGCUACCCUCGGCAAGCAGCUCGCGGCUGGCUAUGGCUAUUGACCGAGCUUGGCGGACCGGCCGGUCAGCUGUGCGCCUCGCCGGCGGUGUGGUAUUCUCCUCCGCGGCCAGGAAGAAGCCGUCCACGUAGACGACGUAGGUGGGUGAGUCGCGCCGUUAGAGUCGGGGCCCGGUGAAGGAUCAGCCGGCGCGAGUCAACGACGGGAAACCGGAAGCGAGAAGCACGGAGCGAACGUGUCCGUCCAGUCGGGAGGUCGGAGGAGAGAGCCAAAAGCGGGGUCUCCCUCAGGAGAGGAGAGAGAAAGAGAGAGUCCAGCGGCGCGGCGACGAGUGGUGCUCGAGAGUAGGAAGGAACGGCACCUCGAAACCGGGCGUAGGAGACGAUCGCGCCGCGGAGAGACGGUCCCCCGGGGAGAGCCGCGCGCGUCCGUGUACAUAUGUCCGCGAGUGGAAUCGAAGGGGAGAGAAAGACUGACUUGGUCUUCGGUCGUCCGUCGUCGUCGUCGGUCCGAGUGAAAGCCCAAAACGUGCGACGCGCCGCGGCAUGUAAAAGCGGUGACGGAGUAGGAGAGUGAACCGGACGGAGUGGAGUCGGAGAGCGAGAGAGAGACAUACGUAUAAUAUAUACACUGAGGAGAGAAAAGAGAUAAAGGAAGAGUGAGAGCGAGGGAGGCAGAGAGGGACUUGGCUCACGGGCAACACUCGACAUGUAGAGACCGACCGGCUGUGCACGGAGAGACGAUCGCGCGAGAGAGGAGUCGAGAGAGAGAGAGAGAGAAAGAGAGAGCGCGCUAGCGAGAGAACGGCAAAGAGUGAUCCCGAGAGGGACGGCGACGAGGAGGUUGGUGGGAGGAGACGGGAGGGAGAGACGGAGACAGACGGAGAGAGAGGGAGUGAGAAAGAUCGACCGAGUGUAGGAGAGACACCGAAUGGAACGGAGCGAAAGAUAAAGAGAGAAAGAAGGAAAGAAAGAGAGAGAGCGAGAAAAGGAGAUAGGCAAAUAGAUAGGUGUCGCGUACACGUAUUGCGAGUGAGUGUGCGUGUUACGCGCGUGUUGCACACAGGCCACAAAAAGUGCAGGUCCCAGUGGACUUUUCCAUACCGGAGGAGAACUGCGUGCAUACGUACGUACAUCGUGCGUGCCGUCCGCGCGCGCGAGUGUGUGUGUGUGUGUGUGUGUGCGUGCGCGAGAGUGCGCGCGCCGCCUUCGCAAUCGCGGACGGACACGCCGGCGAGUUUUCGGCCGAGUACCUGCGAACGAGGACGGAUCGACCGACCGAUCGACCGACUCUUCUCUCUUUCCGCGGCGGUCUACGUGGUGACCUCCGUCAAGAGAGAAGAAACGGACGAGAACGGGCAGAGCCGCUCCGAAAGGUAGCCAACUCGGUUUCGUAGAGUGCGCGCGUCAGGUGCGAGCAGAAGAAGAGAGGGAGAAAGGGAAAGAAAGAAAGAAAGAAAGAAGAAGGUAGAUUUGGAUCGUCCCCAGAGGAAUAGACCAAGAGAUUAGAGGAGGUUUGGACGAUCGAGAGGAUACCCUACGCGGACGAUUUUACCGGGCGGAGGCGACCGCGAAUCACGUCGGCAGAGAGAACGGGAGGAGGUAAUAGGAUCGUCCGCUACUGAGGUCUACCUUGCCGGCCGAGAAGGAGAGGGGAAGAGAGAAGGAGAGAGCUAGAGACAGAGAACGAGUCAGCCUGGUACACGCGAACUCCGCGCACCAACUCCGACUCCUCCGCCGCCGCCGCCGCCGCCGCCGCUGCCGCUGCUGCCGCUGACUCGCGGUCGGUAAAGCAAGUCGGAGAGAGACGACGGUGUAGCGACGGUGAUCCGGCGAGACACGGCCGUCCGCGAACGCUCCGGCUGGCAGUCGUGGCCUUCUGGUGGACGUGAUAAGGACGAGCGGCGUGAUCCGUUCCGGCGGCGAGUGAAGCGGUCGGCCGUGCCGAAGCGCGAGAAAGAGAGCCGCCUGCUGCUGCCGCCGCGGAGAGGGAAGGAAGAGGAGAGCGAGGAGAACCGCGAUCGGCGAGAGAAAAAAAAAGGAUGAGGAUUCUCCUCUCGAUCGGAGAAUCCAGGUGCCGCGUUUAGUGCUACGUGCUCCAAUUGAUGACCGAGGCCCGGAAGACCUAAGAGGAAAGAGAGGAAAACGUGAAACUCUCGCGGAAGGAGAAAGCAACGUCGACGAAGAAAGAAGAAGACACGAGCGCGAGUCCUUGAUCGACGAUCGACGUGAUACCGAUAUACGUGGGCUCUCGACGACGGUGUGUCUGCGGUUAGGGAAGGUAGAGAGCCAAAAGGAAGAAAGGAAGUGGCGGAGAGUAGAGUAGAGUAGAGUAGAGUAGAGUAGAGUGGAGUGUCCUUGAUGGGGGGCCAUCCGGCGCUACGUGAUCGAGCUGUGUCGCGACCGACAUUGGCUCGGCUCCGUCCCAUCGGGGGAGAUUAGAGGUGCGACCCCCAACGUUUUACACUCGCUUCGCUCGGCAGACAGCGAGAACGCCGGCGAGGCGAGCGAGAGCGGCGCGAGGAAGGGAGAGGAGAGAGGAUCUCUACUUGCUGAUCAGCGCGAACCCCGACGGGCGAUAAGCGGCUCCCGUCUCGAGUUGACGAGCCGCUGACUCGGCGGACACACGGGAGCCGGUUGUUUCGACGUUAUUAGUGCGCCCGCGGUGUGACUUCAAUUAACCGCCAGUAACUUCCACGUUGUUCGCGCGAGACCCGCCGGUCCCCAGUCGUUUCGCGGUGGUGGUCGCUCCGCUCCGCUCCGCGCCGAUUCCCCUCGCAAAACGAAGGAGGAAAAAAAAGAAGAACACUUCCGGAUCUCCACGUGUACACGCAUCGAAGAGAACUGCCUGCGAAGGGAUCUUCUGGAAUCUCCCUCGCCUUCACCGGAGUGGCCGAAGCGACCGGCAACGGUUUCUAGAGAACCGCGCGCCUCGAUCGAGCGAGCGAGCGAGCGCGCGCGCUCGCCGUAGAUUCACCUGGAGCCACCGCCACGACUUGAUCCACCAUUAUUAAUUGCUCCGAGGAUAAUCCGACGGCGUCGUUUUCCGACGGAUUAAUUCGUCCGGGACGAAUUUCCAGAUUAACGACCGGGACGAUUGGCUCUCGGCUCUUCAUCCGGCGGGAUUAAGCGCCACGAGGAGGAGAGGAGGAUUCCCGUGUACGCUCGCGCGAGCGUGAGCGCGAGGCUACGCUUGAAAAUCGCUCGCUCGCUCACUCGCUCGGUGUCGUUGCUUGACAAAACCGGUUUCGUUCGGCUCAGCGAAUCUCGGCGUUUAUACAAAGGUCGUGUGUGAGAGCGCGCGGCCGCGCGCGCGACCACGGGAGGAGAGCGUGUGUGGUAGGAGUGAGAUUUAUGGAAAACGAAUUUACACGAGGUCACACCCACGGGAGCGGCUCUCUCUCUCUCCCUCUCUCCCCCUCUCUCUCUCUCUCUCUCCCUCUCUCUCUCUCUCUUUCUGUAUCUUCGUUUCUCUCCUCCCCCUUCUCUCUCUCUCCUUGUAACUCGCUCUCGCUCUCUUCCCCAGUUCGUCUAUCAGUUUAUCCACGCAUUCCCUCUAUUAAUAAUAACGACGAAGCCGACGCGAUAACGGAGAGAAGAGCGCCGGCCACACAGACCACGUUGAGCAAUCCUUGAAGGAGCAAGAUCUCGAUCGCGAGAGAACGAUAUCGACCGAUCGACCGAAUAAAUAUGCCACAUUCGCGGCGGCCUUGAAGAAUUUUCUUCGGACACGGGCCACCGGUACAGUCCCCGUGCGCAGGAUCAGCGAACCCGAGAGAUAUCGUCGGGCAAGGGAAUAUCCGUAGGGCGGCUCAUCAUGCCGGCGACGACCUUGAGGAUCCAAGUGUCUCCGACGUUCGAGAGUCGAGUCGCGAUCGAUCGAGCGCGUAACCAUUAACCGGCCAGCAACGGAGUCCCGAGGACUACGAGGAAGGAUGUCGGGGGACCUGGGUGGCCCGCGGGAGGAGCAGCAGCUGCAGCAGCAGUCUGGACAGGACUCGUCGUUACUACCUGGGCAAUCGAACGGCAAUCACGCGUCGUCGUCAGUCGCGAGAACGUCGACGUCGGCGGUGAGGAAGACCUAGCUUUCCUCUCGCUUGAUGAACAUCGGCGACGAUGAAGCGUGCGACGAGCGCAUCCGUUGCGGCCGCCACGGCAGCCGCCGCGACACAGGUGCACCACCAGACUAGGAUCCAAGAGUUGUUCUCUCCCGGGACAGCGAUAACGACAACGAUGAUGACGAUGACGACGACGACGAUGACGUCGUCGACGACGACGGCGACGACGAACACGAGCACAGCCGACGAGCUGGACAAGCAAAUCGCAACGAUAUCCUCCCGGCUUGAGUCGAAGGGCUCACCGAAGAUCAGUCCCGGCACGGGCGACGACAGCAAGACAAAGUCGGCCACGGUGAUGUCGCGACUGUUGGCCGUCGAUUCCGACAACUACAUGCUGCGUAAGGCCGCGACGACGACGACGGCGACGACGACGGCUACCAACGGCACCGCGGGGCCGCUGUCGUCCACCACCUCGUCGUCAUCGUCCUCCUCCUCCUCGUCGUCGUCGUCGUCGUCGUCGACGACGUUGAACGGUUCUGCGAGUAUGCAACUGCAACGGCAGAUUCAGAGUCUCGCUAUCGGAUCGGCCACCGCACCGUCAAUCCUCGCGACGUACGGCAACGGCGGUGGUGGCGGCGGCGGCGGCGGCAGCGGCGACCACGUCGUCAGUCAGCUGUACGACGUCGCGCGGGCGACGUCCAGAUCGAUGGCGACGUACGUAUCGCCCAGGUGGUACACCGCCGCGAGUAAUAAUAACCAGGCGACGAGGCAGCAUCGGGAGGGACCGGCGGCGGUCGCGGCGGUCGCGGUGGUCGCGGCGGCCGCGGCCGCGCAGCUCGAGGAGCAAUCCUUGCAACAGCAGCAACAACAGUUGCAGCUGCAAUCGCGUACGGCGACGUGCGAAGACGCGACGACGACAACGACGCCCGCGACGGACGGUGUCGAGAGCGAGCUCGGUUUCACGAGGCUGGUGUGCGCGAGACCGGUGUCUUUUCAUCGAUACAUGUGUUGGUGCGGCGCGCAACAGCAACAGCAGCAGCAGCAGCAGCUGCAGCUGCAGCAACCUGCCGUGGCGGAGGGCGUCGACGCGAAUUCGGCGAUCGGCCGCGCGAAGGCCGGCUGGGGCAGCUCAGCCACCCACGAGGGGUUGGCGAGACGAACGGCGCGCGAUGAUAAUAGUAAUAGUAAUAGCCUAUGUUGCUGCAUGUGCGGUUCUCUAUGUCCUGCAGAGUGCCACGCGUGCUUCCACAUCGUGUGCUCGGACUACAGCGGCCAGCACCUGUGCCAAUGGGCUCACAAGGGUCACGCGCUGCCGGGCGAAGUUCACGACAAGGACAAGCCUGUCAGUGAGUGGACGUCGCUGAACGUAGUUGAAUGGAUGUCAGCCCUAAAUCUGUACCGCUAUGCGGACGUCUUCAAAUCGAAGGACAUCAAAGGCAGCGAUCUGCUUCAUCUGGAUCGGGAAAAGCUCAUGAAUAUGGGUAUAAAAGAUGAAUUCCAUCAGAGGAACAUUUUGGUGUGCAUCGAGGAACUCUGCAAAACGUUGCCACCACCCCCGAUGCCGUUGGAGACGAUGGGCACGGCGACGUCGGCACCCGGCGUCGCCGUCGAAUCAGCCUGUUCCCUCGGAGUCAACUAUACGGGCAACAGCCUGACCAAUAACGUGCACAAUCUCGUGCCGCAGAGCUUCAGCGUGUUGGAGAAGUGCGGCAAAUGCCACAAAUACCUCAGGGGCCUCUUACAUCAGGGCUUUCUCUGCCAAGAUUGCGGGCUGGUCUCACACAGGACGUGUUCAGCGACGGGUUUACCUUCCAAUUGCAUAUCGGUCGACUCGGACAAUCGUAUCAGCAGGUUUACUUCAGUGUUCGGCCUCGCGCUGUGCUCGCAAUUCGACACCGCCAGCCAUGCGGCGCCGAUCCUGGUGGAGCGAUGUACCCGCGCCCUCGAGGAGCAGGCGUUCGCCGACACGACGCUGGACCUCUACAAAGUCUACCACAGCAGCCCGCCUAAUGAGCAGACCCUCAAGCUGCGACAGAAGCUGAACGAAGAUGUCUGCAACACGGAUUUAAGUAUGUACACUCCCCAGUGUAUUACCAGUAUUCUGAAAAAGUUCUUGCGUGAAUUACCAGACCCAGUAAUCCCUGUGCAAUGGUACGACAAAUUUCUGGAAGCUGCGAAUAAAAGGUGCAGUGACGAACAAUGCGCGACGCAUCUCAAUCAAUUAGUAGCGCAGCUACCCGAGCAUCAUCGAAGCACAUUGUGCCAUUUGAUGGCGCAUUUCUGUCGCAUUUGCCAGUUGCAGCAUGGAAGAGGCUACACGGAACCGCCAACCAUCCUCGUGCAAGUGCUCUGCCAUAUAUUUCUCAGGCCGCCCUGGGAGCGAAUCAUCCAAGUUGUUUACAACACGGAGGCACAUAUACGCAUAACGGAAUUGCUGUUAUUGCACGGCGAUUGGAACGAGAAGCUUCCGGAGUUUGCCAGUCCUCCGCAAUUGCCACCACGUAAAGUUUCAAGACCACAGUUUCCGAUUUUGGAUCCGUACUCGGUUCUCGAAGACGAAGCUGUAGACAGAACGGCAUCUGGCCCAGAUACUGGCAAAGACCAACAGACGCACAGGCCGCGCACGCUACAGGACGCCGAAUGGUAUUGGGGUGAUAUCACGAGGGAGGAGGUAAACGAAAUAAUGAAUGACUCGCCAGAUGGCACCUUCCUGGUACGCAAUGCGUCUUCCAAGGGCGGCGAAUAUACUCUAACGCUGCGUAAAGGCGGGACCAACAAGCUCAUCAAAAUCAGCCACCGAAAUGGAAAAUAUGGAUUUUCAGAACCAUACAACUUCCAUUCGGUCAUCGAGCUGGUCGACUAUUACAGGAAUUGCUCGCUCGCGCAGUAUAACUCGGUGUUGGAUAUUAAACUGCUGUAUCCAGUGUCGCGAUUUCAACAGGAUGAGGAGAUCGCAAAUUCGACUGACAUGACAAAGGUCAUGCAGAAGUUUCUGGAGUUGGAAAAAGAAAUAAUUGAUACGAUUCGGCAGUAUCACAACUGUUCGGAAUUAUACGUAAAAACGGCCAAUGAAGUUACGUUGAAGCGUCAGGCAUUGGAAGCCUUCACCGAGGCUAUCAAAAUGUUUGAGGAACAAAUGAAACUGCAAGAAAGAUUUCAAAAGGAGGCUCAACCCCAUGAGAUUUCAACUUUGACAGACAACUCAGAACUGUUGAAGCAAAGACUGAAGGGCUUAGAGGACAGCAAGGAACAGUUGGAUGAGAGUCUGAAGCAACAAAACGCCUACUGCAGGACCCUCGAAAGAGAAAUGUACAAAUUGAGAUCGGAGGUUGGAUUACUUGUACGACAAAAGGAUCGUCAUUCUCUAUGGUUAAAGAAGAAUGGGAUGAAGCAGAACAGAGAGGAGGUGGAUUUUGCAGUCCACUCUGACGAGAAAACGUGGCUCUACUUGCAAGGUUCUCGCACCGAUGCCGAUCAUGUUCUAAAGGGCCGGCCUGAUGGUACUUUCCUCGUCCGUCGAUCAAGAACGGGCCAGUACGCACUUUCUAUAAUGUGCAAUGGCACGGUACAGCAUUGCAUAAUAUAUGCCACCGAGCGCGGCUACGGUUUCGCCGAGCCGUAUAAUAUUCACGAGACCCUGAAACACCUAGUGCUACACUAUGCCCAAAAUUCUCUGGAGGAGCAUAACGAGUGCCUGACCACCACUCUGGCCUAUCCCGCAUUUGCGCCGUCCGCGGCACUCGCGCAACUGCAAGCCCAGCAGAAGCAGCUGCAGAUUCACAUUCAGAAUCAAUUGCCGUACACGCGACCGCUCCACGAGAAUCAACUCAUCAUGCCGCACACAUAAUAUUGGCCUGUCGAGCGUCGCGAUCAGGAUACGCUCGAAUCUGAGUACGUUCACGCAUGUGCGCACACCCACACGUGAGUUCUGCUGCAACAAGCAUUAUUCGCCGACGCGAUUGGCUGAUUAAUUGCGUCGCGCGAGCCUUCCUUGACAAGUUCGAGCACGUUCCGCUCCGGAGAAAGAACGUUUCUUCAUUUGGAACGUUUCCUAAAAUCGCGUACAAUAAUUAUGCGUAUUUUACAGUGAGAGGAAACAACUCUUCAUGCGUAUUGAUAUCGUGAAAGCGAGCAGUCUAUAGUAACGGUUGCUUAAUCAUCAUCAAUAAGUAGGUCGCAAGAUCUCCAAAAAGCGCGGAACACUUUGACGACGCGUAAUAACCGUAACAAUAGUAAUCGUAAGAGAUACUAGCGAUAGAAUUAGAUAUACACGCGUUAUUGUGAUACAAUAAUGAUCGCUUCGACUAAUGCUGAGGUUCCCAAAUGGUGCGUCGCGACAUGAUUAAAAGACGCGAUUUAUAUUUAAAAAAACGCAGAAGUAAGAAGCAGAAGAAUAAACAUUUUGGAAGAUUAUUCUAGAAAAAUUAAACUACCUUUUUAUAUUAUUGGUUGUUAAGUAUAUUAUAAAUAUUAAAACAAAUAUUUAAAUAUUUUUAAAUUGAUGUAUAUAAAAAUUAUUUGAAAGCUUAAAGCUUCUUGAAUUUUUUGAAUCUUAUUUGAACGUUUUUGUUCCGUAAAUGUGACAAGACAAAAAUAUGAUUAAGCGCGAAAGAAGAUUCGAGACUUGACUUGUAUUUUCUACAUGCGUGAUUAAUAAUGCGUGAUGGACGUUUUGUAGUCACGUUUUUGUCAACAUUAUUAGGAACGCUAAGAAAAUAUCAGAUUUAAAGGAUUGUUAGAUUAAAAAUAUUUGGGAACCUCUCGACUAACAGGACCAACAACGCGACGGAUGUCACCGGCUCUUCCUCAGGGUUUUCACAACGCGGAGAGUCGAAGGUUUGCGUCGACACUAUAGCAGGAUAGUGGCGGUAUGCGUCUCCAUCGUCACCGAUAUUCUGUUUUUCGGAACAGAAGCGUUUUUGAUUAUGACGCUUGUAAUCAUGCAAAAUUAAUCCUCUCGGAAACGUUGGCAUGACAAAGACACGCCGUCGGAUCAGCGACCGGGAUAGCGAGGUCCAUUUCGUUCGCGUAGAUUGUUUAGGUAAUCAGGGUAGUCGUCAUAUAAUCGUCUAACCCUUAACAGCCUGAAUCUUUCCCAAAUAUCGAUUAGCUCGUAUCGGGCGGUUAUUUAGUUUAAAACUAACUGAGUUAGUAAUAUUCAUUAUUAUUUAGCUACAUAGCUGCCUAUGUAGUAUAAAUCGUGCCCUUUUUAGAAAAGGCAAUUAAAAUAUUAUAAUAAUUAUUUACAAAAGCUUAAUAUCUUUUGAAUUCCUAUAAUUAUAUAACUCAGUCACUGAAGUAGUCACAAGGCUUACUGCGUUGUCAUAUCUUGUUGCGAACCCUCCACAAAUGACACUCAUUUUUUGUGCAAUAAGUUAAUCUAUCAUGCAUUGUUGUUUGAUAUAUUUUUUUGUAAUACAUUUUAUUUCUUCCUAUAAAAUUUGUAUUUGAUAUGAAUUAAUAUCAAUUCAUGUUAUAUGAAAUGUAUGAAUCAAGAUUUGCAUAAUUUCAUUGUAAUGAUGUUGUACCUAAAUACGAUCAUUUUAGGCUUUUAAGGGUUAAACGUGGCCAUUCAAAAAUCGAAAGAUGAUUGCUUCCUUGCUCGAAAUUCCCGAUCGCUUCUCAUGCGAACAUCGUUCGCGGCUCCAAGAAAGACGCGUGCUGCGAUUCGCAUAAAGAUGGCGCCGGCGUCUUUUUUUUGCGAUAUGCUGAAUUAUGAUAGUGAUAUUAGAAUGUAGUCGAGUGAAAUUCACAUAAAACCGUCUUUAUACCAUUUUAUAGUAACCGAAAAAUUGGCUGCAAGAAUCUCGCGAGGUUAUCUUUUUCAAUAGAAAAGGACUAAGGUCACAGGAUUUCUUCGAACAUUGUCAUAUAUCCUACGUAUUAACUUGUAACAUGUCUGACUGUAUUUUCUCAAAUCAUUAAAAAAAUGGACCCGCUCAGUUCUUGUAGCCAAAUCUUCGAGUUUAAUCACAAAGAUGGACCGGAUAUUUCCGUUGUCCUUUCUCGAUCGCGUUCCGCAGCUGAUCGCGACGAAGUUUCCUCGAUGAGAAAGAGAAAGAAAGAGAGCUUUUUUUAUACAUUAGAUUUCAGACGUUACGCCAAGCAGAUUUGUGAGAAAAGAUAUAUACACAUAUAUAUCUAUAUAUUGUCUGUGAUUUUUUUCGGAUUGUCUGUGAGCGAAGGGAGAAAAGUUAUCGCAUUUGUCGUUUCUGAUCGCUUUUGUCCCUAAUUUCUCACUUUCAUCUUUCUUUUCUUCCUUUUCUAUACCCUGUCUUUUUUCGAAUAUCCGUGAGUUUUCUUUUUUACUAAAACUUCAAUGUACGUCCUCGCGAUUAACGCGUCGAGUCGGUCUUUCUCGCUGUCGAGGUCCAUUUUAGCUUUGAACGGUUUCAAAAAUACCGGCGAUGAGAGGAAAGAUCAGAACGCAACAAGAGUUAAGAAUGCAUAAUAAAAACUAAAAUUGAGAAAAAAAGCUAAGUGCGAGAAAAUUAAUUGGUGAAUCACAAUGGAACGAUGCUAGUCUUUAUUCUGAAACGUAAACAAUGUUUUUUAAGAUUCUAAUAAGAAUCGAAAGCGUCUACAUUUAUCCUUUGUCGUUCUGUUGUGUGUCGAUAGAGCAUCCGUCGUCAUUAUUCUUUUAUACUGGGUUUUUCUUUUAAUCGGCCUUCUUCGUUACGUUCUGAUCUGAACCAUCGAAAUAAAAAAACGCACGGAUGCGUGCCUGAGAAAUCUCACAUUUACAGAGCGGUCGGUAAAUGGCGAGAGUGUAUCGGGAACGUUUCACGUUCAAUAAGAUCGGUGGUUCCUCAAGUUCUUCUCGCGCUACCAUAAUCGAACAGGGAGUUGAGAAUCAACGGAUUCUAUUUGAAUAGAAUAAAUCGAAUAAGUAUUGAUCAUCAAUGAGAAUCAGCUAUGUUCCUUGUUCAACGUCUGAUUCGUUUUUCAAUUUUAUCUAUUUGCUAUGUCUAAGUAAGUAGGAAUUGUUUAAAUUAAAAAAGUCAUAAGUCGAGUUUAGAAAAAUCUUGUUGAAGUAUUUUAUCAAACAUGUGGCCGAAUAAAGGUCGAUUUUUAUCACACAUCUGGCGUUGAACGCGGUCGUUCGAUUAUUCAUUAUUCACGUCGAAAAUCGGAUAACCAUUUUUAACGUCAGAUGCAUUAAAGAGGAAUGUAAAUGCGAAAUAUUCUGUUUCGAAACACGAAUGUACACGAUUUGCAAGUAAUUUUAAAUUAUGCUGAGUGUAGAUGUGGGAGUAUGUGAACGCGAUGCUUCUCAUUUGUACGCGUUUAUCACUUUUACGAUUAUAUUUAUAAUCUUCUACGUAUCGCGCGACGGAAAGGUGACCGAGCGAGAAAGAUUGGCGUGGCGUCUCCCUUUUCAUUCUGAAGAAAAGCGCAGAGCGACGAAGGAAAAAAACGUCGCGCGAGAGAAAAACGUAAUCGGUGAACGAAAGGCUCUCGUUUGCUCAUUUCGAACGUUUCGGAAUAGAACGUAGAUUUAGGUAGAGUUUAAGAUUUUUUAUACAGAAAAGGAGGAAAGAGGAAGCGGGAGAGGCAAGCGGCCUGGCUCGCUACCACCGUGAUUGUCCAAUUUGUCGUCCGUCGUCGUUCGUUUCGUUUCUUCGCGUCCUCGCGUCUCUCGUCGUGUCAUUCUCCUCUUCGAGGCAUAUUCGCUUUUUAUUAUUUUAUACGUUUCGUAUUUUGUGCUCUCUGAAGAGCAGCGCGGCAACGACGAAUAACUUCUUGUAUCUCGGGUAACGGAUUUGCGAUCGUUCUCGUUUCCUGAAGUUUUAAACGCUCUCGUGAUUGUCGGGCCGUAAUUAAUUUUUGCCGUAGGGCAAAAUGCCGUGUGCCAUUAAUCGAGUCUUUCGGUGAUGGACAGUAGUGAGAACUUAUCGAAUUCUAUUGAGUUACGGCAAUCUCUUUGCGAUUUUUCUUGUGGGAGUUGAUCUUCCGGUGUAAAGGAAAGUACGGAGGAAACGAAUCGACGACGAUGGACGACUCUUUUAUAGUGUUAAGGACGGGUUAUACAAAUAUGACCGACGAGUACGAUUUGCGAUAAAAUCUUAUGGUGUGAUGCAAUUACAUUUAUUAUUUUGUGUUAAUAUUACAUUUGUUAUGUUAAUAAUAUGAAUAAUAAUAAUAUAAUUAAAUUAAACAAUUAGAUGUAAUAUAUUAUAUCUAUAUAUUUUUAUGUUAUUUUUAAUGAAAAAUGUAUAGACAAAAAUUCUCUGAUUUUCUAAAUUUUACACAGGCAAAAACUACGUAAAGUAUAUCUAUCACACAUAUUUAAACAUAAAAUUUAAUAUUUUAUAUUCUCAGAUGCACUCAAAUUUAAUAUUUUUAUGAAAAUAAAUUUUACAAAUCAGAAAUCUCAUGUAUAGCUACAAGAUAUAAUUAGAAUUAUGAGGAAUUUUCAUUAUAAUGUUAAGAUAAUUUUUUAAUUUUUAUUUUUUUGUUUUAAGAAAUUAAUUUGAAUUUGAAUGUCUCUAUUAGUGUUAUGUUCUCUCCUUAAUUUAUAUUAAUAUUUUGCGAGCGUAAAAAUUCCGCAAUGCGGAAAGCAAAAUUGAAUGCAAAAGAAAAUGCAUUAUUUAGUCAUUUUCUCGAAAUCUAUCUAUCGCGACUCGCACUCGUCGUUGCUUUCCCAGUGGGAAAUAUUACAUUUAUACAGGUGCGUGCGUGCACAGUAUGAAUUUUUACACACACACACACACACAAACACACACACAAAACACUCAUGGAAUAGAUACACACGAAAUAAAUAAACGAAGCUAUAUAAAUAAAUAUAUAUAUUAUAUAUAUAUAAAUAUUAUAUAGAUGCGAUAUGUUGUGCGUCGAGAAAUAUAUAUGGUGCAGAUAUGAAAAGAAGAGAGAGAAAAGAGGAAAACGAAAAAAAUAUAUAUAUAUCGAGUAUAUAUCUAUAUAUAUUUUUACUUACUUUCAAAGCAAACCUUUAAUUGAUUAUUUAUAAUAUAUUCGUGCGUACAUGUAUACAUAUAUAUACAUAUAUUAUGUAUACACAUACAUAUAUAAACAUGAUGAAGCGUCAUGUUGUAUUAAUCACGCAACUCCGUGAGUCUCGUCGAUUGUGAGUUCCUUCGAGGAGGCUUUCGGAUGAGCGUGUCGAAUAAGGCACACACACAUACACACACAUACGUGCGAUACCAACAAAUCCCACAAGAUUUGAAGUGUCGAGUCAAAUUGAGCCGGAUCGAGUCGCCAACAAAAAGCCCAAGAUCAAAGGAUCGAAGCGAUUCGCGACACGACCGUCUUGAGAUUGUGCAGAUUGGUUUUUUAAUAUUUUUGAUAGAUUUCGAUUGUACGCGUAAUAAUUUUUAUCCUAAAUUGCGAACGAUCGAGCUUGAUCUAGCUUUUUUUAAAUUCGCGCGAAUUACGUGCUCCGCCUUAUAGAAAUAAAUUCGGGAUAGAGAAAUACGUGAUAUCUUUACCGUGUUUUUUUCUGGCGUGUGCGCGAGAAAGUUUCGCCGAAAUUCAUUUCGUCGAAAAUGAUGUAUCAUUUUCUUUUCUCACCAAGAUACUGUGAGAACUUUCUUUCAGACUCACCUAGCAAAAAUUUCGCGCAGUAUUUAUCAAAACUCUCGUUUCUUCUUCUAAUUUUUUCUACCCUGUAUUUCUUCACCAUUCAUAGCUAUUUACAAAGAAAUUUUGCCGUUAUUUAUUUUCUGUACGAUACCAAUUCACAACGAAGUUUUUCGACAUAUUUAUCUACCAGUGCUAAUUCACCAUUAACGCUACGUAAUUUAAUCAAAGUCCGUUUCAGAAGAUUACAUAGUGUCGAUAAAAAAUCUGAAAUCACAUACUAGAAAUCCUAAGAAAUAAGAAAACUUCUACCGGAGAUAAAUAUUUUGCAAACAAAGUUAAAAUUUUUUUGUUUUCUAAAUUACGUUAGUGAAACGUAAUAUUGAGAGCUUUUUAAUUUAACGCAUAUUUUUUUAUUUGAAUUAUAAAUAAUCCAGAUUUUUAAUCGAUACUAUUAGUAAAAUGGCAUUUCUUCGGAACAGGACAACAGACAUGUCUCGAAUGAGCUUGUUCGGAUGAUCUUGAAAACGAUCUUUCGAAUAUUUCGAGGGAAUAAAAAUGACGAAGCGUCUUGAAAGAAUCUUGCCGUUGUUUCGUAUCAACAAAAAUCGCGUGUGCGUGCCUAUCAUGAUCGUGAAAAAGGCGAUUGGCGGGAAUCAUAAUCAUCAAGCGCUGAUAAGCCGCUGUUAAAAAAUCAGUACAAUUUCGAUAGGUUUCAUCUUCUCGCCCCCAAUCUAGUUCUCCUAAUGGUUGUUCCAAAAAGGAAAAAUAAUUGACACUUUUAAUUAAUGUAAUUAAAAAUUUAUUCUCUAAUUGUUAUAUAUUAUACAUUAUUAUAUUUUAUGUAUAAGUGUAAGAAAAUAUCACACGCGGCUGCCCGGAAGCCAUGUCAAGUCAUUGUGUAAUGUAAAAAAUUUGAAAUCGUCAAAAUUAGAAAUUUCAAUCAGUCACACUGUGAAAAGAAGGAACUGGAUUAAAUCGAGGCAGAAGUAUAUAUGUGCUCCUUCCUCACACAUGAGACAUGUAUUUAGAUCGCGGAACAGGAGUGGUAUUUUCUUUCUACUAUUUUUUUUUUCUCGUGAAAGCCGGACACGGAGGCGGCGUCGUUCUAUGAUAUCCGAGCCGAUUGCUCUUUUGUACAAAGAACGGAAAAAAGGAGAUGAAGACGAGAGUGAGAGUGGUACUUCAGUGGCGUGAAUGUUUUCGGCAGGACCGGUCCGUGAAGAAUGCUACGUCGAGGUAGCGAUCGAGCUGUGCGUCACCCCAUGAUGGCAUGAUGCAAUAAUAGUUAGGUGCGCGAGGACGGUUGUCUUGGCGGUUAAAUUUUCAAGUGGCCGAAAAAUAUUAACAGCGGUGGAUUAAAUUUCGGUGAAGCCCUUCUUGAUAUCUGACAAGCGCUAGAACGAGCGUUUUAUCUGAUCACACUUAACUAUUAUUGCACGUAUGCGUGCGACGUUGAUCGCGCGAUUCGUCGGGCCGAUUUUGCGUCGACAUCGAAUCGCGACCCGUGUCGCGUCAAUUUGAGGAGAUUAAUUGGCGUUGCGUUCGAUUUGAAGGAAUUGCGACCAUUACCGUCUAAGCCGGACGAUAUUAAUAUGUGCGUGAGCCUGGCCUUUUGGUGCGUACCCCCCAAUGCUCGAAGUCGAAUAAAUAAAAGGACGCGAUCGUGAGAGAAUCGCGGUUUAAUGAAGGAAGGGCUGGCCCUAAAUACGAGCGUGUGAGACCACGUGAAGGAAUGUUUCGUCAACCAGCGCGCCUUCGCGUGUUGCAUUGUGAUCUCUGAGAAUUAACAAAAGAAAGAAAGAAAGAAACGAAGAGAGAGUGAAUGAAAAUAAACUUUGCCUUAGCUUUUGUACAAGCAAACGAAUAUGAGGGAUUGCUGACGAGAAGCGGAAAGUAGACAGCCGGAUGGUCACGAAACUUCACAAUAGGCUGACAUAAUUGAUUCUGACGAUAAAACGAUAAGUGAUAAGAAUUGAUGAAUCUAAUGAGCUGUUGUAGAUGCGUGUGAGUGGGAGGGAAUGAGAGAUAGCCUUGCAGCAAGAGAGAAAAAAGAUACGAUAAUAAUCAAAUUGUGUAUGAAUUGUGCGUAUUUGUAUACAAUGACAUAAUGAAAUUUUCUCGCGUCGGUCCAGCACCGGGAUAAACUUUUUUUCAAAGGAUUGAUACAAAGAUGAAAAUUAAAAAAAAAAGAGAGAAGAAAGAUAGGUGCACAGCAACGUAGAAAUUGAAGUUAACCGAUGCGAAUCCGCUAUAAAUCAAUGUAAUUAUUGUAGAUCUAACGAUUGUAACCGCAAAAUGAGCGCUAAUCGAACGAUUUCAUAUAAUUAAUUAAAUAUACACUCUCACCACACAAUUAGCGAUACAUAAUAUAAUUAAUUGAUUAUAUAAAAUCGCUCUCAUCGAUAUUCUCUCCUCAUAAUCAUCCGGUCGGAUAAUCUCGCGGGGCCGAUCGAUCGUAACGUGCGAAUGUGAAACGGGCGUUUGCUGCAAGGCGAUAAUAAUCGAUCAUUAAUCAAUGAUGCGGAUGCCGGUAUGAAGGAGGAUCAUGCCGGGUGCGAAAGUUGUAAGGGAGCACGGAGACGUGGGCGUAAACGCAAAAGUUGUCGACAUAAUAUUACAUUAUUAACGAACGUAUGCUGUCCCACUGUGAUAAAAACUUUUGUUUUUGCAUGUAAAAAUAUAUACUACUAUUAUAAUGCCAUAAGCGCGCGCGCGCGCGUGCAAGAUAGAGAGAAAGAAAAAAGUGAGUGUGAGAGUGAGAGAGAGAGAGAGAGAGAAAGAAUGAUUGAGAGAGUGUAUGUAUCACAUUAAAGUAGUACGCGCAUACGGAUAGAUAUGUGUAUAUCUAUAUAUCGAGAUUCACUCACGUAUGAUCACGAAUCGAUCUGGGCAUCUGUGUAUGCGCGUACGUACACAUAUACACAUAUAUACGUACAUAUAUACAUAACAUAUAUACAUGUACACACAUAUAUACAUACACACAUGAAUGUACAGAGGCAACAAGUAAAAUAUAUUGUGAUCGAGCGUGUAUACACGUAGGCAGAUUACGCAUGCGAUUACGGAGAAUGCGAAAACUUUUAUUAUUACGCACGCCAUGUAUACAUACGCUGAUGAAGGACAAAUUAUUACCGUAAUUACCAUUAAUAUAGUAUCGAACACCGUAGGAUACCACCGUUCGCCGAACAGUGCGGCCGAAAAUUUCGCUCAUUCAGUCGAUCCUCGCGGAAUUCGGCACACUCGGACAAUCCUUUUGUAUCUUUUAUCACACAUACCCAUCCUCGCCCGGAGACACAAACACACAUACACACAUACACAUAAACACGAUACACACGUACAUCGAUCCGCGAAAAAGUUUUGCAAUUUUAGCUUCGUUAGCAAUAAUACGAUUGUCGUGACGCUGUUGAUAUCUUUCAGAAAUUUAUGAUUUCCGCGUGCUUUUUUCCGCGGAAUACGGAUCAGCCAGGUUCAAUCGAGGAGACCGAACUAACAAAUUGUUCUCUCGUCCUAGCAAACGUCCAUUCUUGCGAUUACCUCGACUGUCAAUUUUCACAUUUUGUCCAGGAUCUCGUAGUUAGACGAUACGUCCAGCCUCGCAUCAGGAUUUACGAUUAAGGGAGACAAAUAAAUCGUGUGGCGCCUUCUCGCGCAAAGCGAUCUUUCUCAACGAAAGUUAGACGAGCAGCGCGAUUGUUAGCUCCGUCUCUUCGAUUACCCCGCCGCGAGAUUAAUUUUAUCGAAAAUCGUGGAUCAUUGUGUCGUGCCACGCAGAAAUGUGCGGAAGAACGUAAGUGAUUAGAAAUCUUUACGAUUGAAUUAUACACCGCUUCUUCAUUUAUUUCACAUUCUUAAGAAGCUUAAGGAAAUUAUUUUGAAUAUUCUCAAGAAGUAAAAAAAAAAAAAAUAAAAGUUAUACAAUUUUUUAAAAUUAUUUCACACGAAUUAGAAAAAUUAAUUGAAUAGAAAUUUUUAACAGAUGAUUUAAAAUGUGAGAAAAACGAUCGGGGUAAUUUAAUUUCGAAAACUAGUUAUUCCUAUUGAAGUAAUGGUGAAAUGAGUGAAGAAGAAGUGUGUAAUUGAAGUUUGAUUUGUGAAUUCGAGAUUUUGAUUGGAUUCUUGAUCGGAAUUGAAAGGAGCGCGCGAAGCUGAUAACUGGUGAGAUUGCCUUUUGAGCGCGUGAAGUUGAUGGUAUAACGUUUACUCGCUUCUUUGCGCAACGGUCAUCUUCAUAUUGUAUCGUUUAUUUGCUAGAAGUACCAUGUAAGAUCAUUUAUAUUUGCAUAUGAUUAAUAUGUUUUACUUAUAA